AUGGCGGGGUUCUCAACCCCAGUCGGAAGUUCAACACCAGUCAUGAACGAUGAAAGACCUGUCAAGUCCAAAGGCAAAUGGCUUCAAAGAAUAGCUUCAUCGCCUACACUCGCACAGUUUAGUCGGAAACGAGCGAAAAGUAGUCCAUAUGGGAGCAGGUCAACACUUUCCUGUCUAAGUUUCGCUCCUCCCAUCUCGGAGAACCCUCCCGCCCAAUCAACAGAAGGAACUUCGUCCACAGCACCAGUCUCGGGGCCAAGUUCAGGAGUGAGCUCAGAAGCAGAUUCGACUCCAGUUACUCCUGGUCUUGAUACGCCAUAUUAUGAUCCAAUGUAUCGUCACAUUGCUAUUCAGCGCAACGAGAACGAAGCGAUGGCUGGUGCAUCAACACUGAUGCAAGACUUACAGCAACUGACCAUCGCAGAGGCAGGAGAACCUUCGACUUCAUCUCCAGAUCAUGAAAUCGUCGAGGAUUAUUUUUCACAACCGAUGACCGUAAAAUCUAAACCUCUUAAGAAGAGCAACUUUAAAUUUUGGGACAAAAUGCCACACGAGGUUAAGCUACACAUUUUUGCAUUCCUGAAACCAAAGGAAUUGGUACGAGCUUCCAACACUUGUCAAGAUUUCUACAAAACUUGUUUCGAUGGACAGCUCUGGACAUGCUUCGAUGCCUCGGAAUUCUAUGCCGACAUUCCCGCUGAAUCUUUGGCAAAGAUUAUUGUAUCGGCUGGUCCCUUCAUCAAAGAUCUUAACCUCCGAGGUUGCGUACAAGUCGAGCACUACAAGCGUGCGGAGGUGAUAGUGAAAGCUUGCAAGAAUCUUAUCAAUGCGACACUUGAAGGAUGUCGAAACUUUCAAAAAGCAACUUUACACAAUCUUUUGAAGACCAACGGAAGAUUGACCAACCUUAAUCUUACUGGAUUGUCAGCUGUCACAAACGCAACGUGCAAGAUCAUAGCACAAUCCUGUCCGCAUCUCCAGACGUUCAAUGUUUCAUGGUGUACUCAUAUGGAUGCGCUUGGUCUACAGCUAGUCAUUCGAGGUUGUCCAAAUUUGAUGGAUCUCCGUGCUGGAGAAGUUAGAGGCCUCGACAAUGAGGAUUUGGCGCUGCUAAUAUUCGAGACUAACAGAUUGGAGCGACUGGUCCUGAGUGGCUGUAUAAAUAUUACUGAUAAAGCUCUUCAAAUAAUGAUGCAUGGGCAUGAUCCAGAACUCGACGCUUUCAGUUAUGCACCGUUGGUCCCGCAACGGAAACUUCGACAUCUGGAUUUGAGCCGCUGUAACAGGUUGACGGAUGAAGGUGUGAAAUCACUUGCCUAUGUUUGUCCAGACUUGGAAGGUCUACAAUUGAGUGGAUGUGUUACCUUGACAGACAAAGCACUCGAAAAUAUUCUAGCUACCUGUCCAAAUUUGACACAUCUCGACUUGGAAGACCUCAGUGAACUUAGCAACGAUUUAUUAUCCAAUCAUCUCGCCAAGGCACCUUGCGCUACCACCCUUCAACAUCUCUCUGUCAGCUAUUGCGAGAACUUGGGUGACACGGGUAUGCUCCCCGUUAUCCGUACUUGUACUGGUCUUCAAAAUAUCGACAUGGACAAUACGAGAAUCAGCGAUCUAAUCCUUGCCGAAGCUGCAACUAUGGUUCGACUCCGAUCCUCACGUACAACAAAUCCAUUAUCACGUCCUUGUCCUGGUCUUCGCAUGGUAGUAUUCGAUUGUUCGAAUGUUACAUGGACCGGAAUUCGUGAAGUUCUUUCGCGAAACUCGGAGAUUACGAAGCCGGUUGAUCAUGAUAAUCUGCAUCGAUACUCAUUUCCCACAGAAAUCAUUACGCUCAAGUGCUUCUAUGGUUGGCAAUUGACAGUGGAUGAACACACGAAGAGAGUUUUGAGGGGAGAUCUUUCGGCGGCAGGAAGAUUAGAGAGGAAAUGGACAGAAUAUAUGAUGGCGAAUGAAGAGGCUGGUGCCGGUGGGGCUGGGAUUAGGAGAAGGAGAAGGAGAGCAAGAGAAGCACAGAUGAUGCAUGCUGAUGAAGAAGAGGGUGGAGUGGCUGCUGGUGGGGGCGUGGGAAGAAGAAGGAGGGCGAGAAGUAGUGCGUGUGCUAUGAUGUGA